CGCGGGAGUCGGAGCCGCUUCGGCCGCCCCCGCCGCCCCUGCGGAGCUCCCCGGGCCGCACGUGGCGGUCCCGCCCCCUCGGCGCCAGCUCCGGGCCCCGGUCCCCAUGAGCUUCCAGAGCCGGCUCCAGGCGCCGCCGCCCCGCGGCCGGCCAGGCGGCUCCUGCGCGCUGCGGCAGAAGCUCAUCUUCUCCCCGGGCAGCGACUGCGAGGAGGAGGAGGAGGAAGAGGAGGAGGAGGAGGACGAGGGCAGCGGCCACAGCACCGGGGAGGACUCGGCUUUCCAGGAGCCAGACUCGCCGCUGCCGCCCGCCCGCAGCCCCGCAGACCCGAGGCCGACCGCCGAGUCCGAGUCCGGCGGCCGCCGCCGCGCCCCGGGCCGGCCCCCGGCCCCUGCCCUGCUGGAGGAGGAGAUGCCGCCGGCCGACGGCGAAGGCGCCGGGGACGCGGGCGGCGCCGAGGGCGACUCGUGGGAGGAGGAGGGCUUCGGCUCCUCGUCCCCGGUCAAGUCGCCCCCCGCCGCCGCCUCCUACUACCUGAGCAGCCCCUUGUCGCCGGUGCGCGGGGACCGCUCCCCCCGCGGCCGCCAGCGCAGGGACGGCUCCUGCUCGCCGGUGCCCGACUACCCGGGCACGCCGCCGCACAAGACCUUCCGCAAGCUGCGGCUCUUCGACACGCCGCACACCCCGAAGAGUUUACUAUCCAAAGCUCGAGGAAUAGAUUCCAGCUCUGUUAAGCUCCGAGGUGGUUCUCUGUUCAUGAGCUCAGGAAGAUCAGAUAAACAAGGAUUUGAUGUGAGACAGACCCCUCAAGUGAAUAUUAAUCCCUUCACUCCGGAUUCAAUGUUGCUUCACUCUUCUGGACAGUGUCGUCGAAGGAAGAGAACACACUGGAACGACUCCUGUGAUGAAGACAUGGAAGCGAGUGACGGGGAGCUUGAAGAUGAGACUACUAGGCCUGCCAAGAGAAUUACAAUUACAGAGAGUAACAUGAAAUCAAGGUAUGAAAGUGAAUUUCAUGAACUGGAGAAGAUUGGGUCAGGAGAAUUUGGUUCAGUAUUUAAGUGUGUAAAGAGGCUGGAUGGGUGUAUCUACGCCAUAAAGCGAUCAAAGAAGCCAUUAGCCGGUUCUGUUGAUGAACAGAAUGCUUUAAGAGAAGUCUAUGCCCACGCAGUACUUGGACAGCAUUCUCACGUGGUUCGAUAUUUCUCUGCAUGGGCAGAAGAUGAUCACAUGCUAAUACAGAAUGAGUAUUGUAAUGGUGGAAGCUUAGGGGAUGCCAUAAGUGAAAACUACAGAAGCAUGAAUUAUUUUUCCGAAACAGAACUUAAAGAUCUCCUCGUACAAGUUGCUCGUGGCUUGAAAUAUAUUCACUCAAUGUCAUUGGUACACAUGGAUAUUAAGCCUAGUAAUAUUUUUAUAUCUAGGAUGUCAAUCCCAGGUUCAACUGAGGAAGGGGAUGAAGAUGAUUGGACAGCCAAUAAAGUUAUUUUUAAAAUAGGUGACCUCGGACAUGUAACCAGGAUAUCUAGUCCUCAGGUAGAAGAAGGUGAUAGCCGUUUCCUUGCCAAUGAAGUUUUACAAGAGAACUAUACUCACUUGCCAAAGGCAGACAUUUUUGCUCUGGCCCUCACCGUGGUAUGUGCUGCUGGCGCUGAACCGCUCCCCACAAACGGAGACCAGUGGCAUGAAAUACGGCAAGGAAAGCUGCCCCGGAUACCACAAGUCCUUUCACAAGAGCUGACAGAUUUGUUGAAAGUCAUGAUUCACCCUGAUCCCGAGAGGAGACCGUCAGCAGUCGCGCUGGUCAAGCACUCAGUGUUACUCUCUGCCUCCAGGAAGAGUGCAGAGCAGUUACGCAUUGAGCUGAAUGCAGAGAAAUUCAAGAACUCCCUCCUGCAGAAAGAGCUAAAGAAAGCACAGAUGGCCAAAGCAGCUGCUGAGGAGAGAGCUCUGUUUACAGACAGAAUGGCCACUCGGUCCAGCACGCAGAGCAACAGGACAGCACGACUCAUAGGGAAGAAAAUGAACCGCUCCGUUAGCCUUACCAUCUAUUGAACUGAACCUGCAGAGGUCGCCUCUCUUUGCCCUCACACUUCCCAUCUUCCAUGUCUAUAAGUUUUACGGAAAUCCCUCUUACGGGUUUUACUGGUGAAUUACAGUUGGAAGCUGUAUUUUGACCAUUGGUAUUUAUCUUGGACUUGGUACCUGGUCUCACGGUCUGUUUACGGAGACCCCCAACCCCAGUUAUGUUCCUGCUCCAUGUUUCACCAGCUGUCCCAGGGUUAACCACUAUUGUGGUGUGCUGCUUUGAGAUUGCUAUCGCAUUGUGUAAUAGAAGGCAUUGAUCUCUUUAGAGCAAUCAGGAGGACUGUAGGGCCUCACCGCCUUUUGCAAAAGGAAAGUAAGUGCUGAGGUGAUUCAGUACCAACCACCCUUAACGUACCUGGUGUCAAACUUUGUUUUGUUUAAUUGUGAAUUUUACUUGUAUAUCCAACUGGGAGCACUUUGUAGGCAUUACAUGAACCAUGGGAGGGUGGUCCCAUGGGAGUAUUUGCCUUGUGAAUUUGCUGCUAUCUUAGUUUUGUCUUGGCUGUAAAAUUGUAGCAUUAAAACAAUCAUUGUUAAUAGGCUUUCUGUUGAAACAAUUAUGUGACACAUAUAGGCUGCUCAGGAAAAAGCAGCUCUCCCCUGCCCCCCCCCCCCUUUUUUUCUUGGAAGCUAGUGCAUUAGAAAGAUGCACCUUUGUCUCUUUGUGGAACUCUGUAUUAAUGUAGUAGAAUUAUUCCUGGUUUUGUAAUUCUUCCCAAUAACGGCCUUCCUGCCCCAUCCUUUCCAAUUUUUAAAAUGUCUCCCCCUUUUCCAUUUCCCUACUCCCAAGUCUUUGGACUGGGCUGUACUGUUAGUCUGUUUUUAAAUGUUUUGCUUGGGUUUUCUUUGAUAUUCAUGUAUAUAAAUUGAUUUUGCUGAUACUGUACAGACCUACAAUUUGAAAUACCUGAAUGACUUCUCACUAUUCCAAGUUCUUCAUGAAACAUGACUGUAAAUUAGCCUUUUGAACUAAUAAUACAGACUGUUAGUGGAUUUAGUGGAUCUUGCCCCAAAUAGAAUUGACUAUUA